CAGGACGGUGCCUGGUGCGUGACACAUUCCAGGCAUGCAGGUGACGGGCGGCGGGGCGUGCAGGUGUGCCUGAUUCCUGGUGACCCCUGCGCCCCUCACUCACCACCCACACCAGGCACGCACCCUCGCCAUCCCGGGCCCUGCUACUCAACAUGGCGCCGGAUAAGGACCGAGAGGCUGUGCUGAGGGAGCGGGAAAAUGUCCGCGUUGUGGUGCGUGUGCGGCCGCUGAGUGAGAAGGAGUCCCAAGCUGGCUUCCAGAGCAUCGUGCAGAGUGAUGACCUCAACUGUUCAUUGCUGGUGACCAACCCGGCAGCUCAGGACGGAGAGCCACCCAAAGUCUUUACUUUUGACUCGGUGUUUGGCCAAAACUCCAAACAGGUGGAUGUGUACAACCUUGCUGCACGUCCCAUUGUGGAGAACGUCCUGGAGGGGUACAAUGGCACCAUCUUUGCCUAUGGACAGACAGGGACAGGCAAGACCUUCACCAUGGAGGGAGUCAGGACUGUGCCAGAGCUCAAGGGCAUCAUACCUAACUCCUUUGCACACAUCUUUGGCCACAUUGCUAAAGCUGAGGAAGGGAAAAAAUUCCUGGUGCGAGUGUCAUACCUGGAGAUCUACAAUGAGGAGGUGCGUGACCUUCUCCGCCAGGACCAGUCAGUGCGGCUUGAGGUGAAGGAGCGGCCUGACGUGGGGGUGUACGUGAAGGACCUCCUCACCCAUGUAGUGCACAAUGCUGGGGAGAUGGACAGAAUCAUGACCCUUGGGAAUAAGAACAGAGCCGUCGGGGCCACUAACAUGAACACACACAGCUCCCGCUCCCACGCCAUCUUCACCAUCACCAUUGAGUGUGCCGAGCGGGGCAUUGAUGGGCAGCAGCACUGGAGGGUCGGGAAACUGCAUCUUGUGGACCUUGCUGGUUCAGAGAGGCAGAGUAAGACAGGUGCAACAGGGCAGAGGCUGAAGGAGGCCAGCAAGAUCAACCUGUCUCUCUCCACGCUGGGCAAUGUCAUAUCAGCGCUGGUGGACGGCCGCUCCACACACAUUCCUUACCGCAAUUCAAAGCUCACUAGGCUACUGCAGGACUCUCUUGGAGGGAACUCGAAGACUGUCAUGUGUGCCAACAUUGGACCUGCAAACUACAACUACGACGAGACCAUCAGCACACUCAGGUAUGCCAACCGGGCCAAGAACAUUUGCAACAAGGCCAAGAUUAAUGAAGACCCCAAGGAUGCUCUCCUUCGCAAACUCCAGGAUGAGAUCAAAAACCUGCGUGAUCAGCUGCAAGAUGAGGAUGCUUCAGAGGAAUCAGAGGAUGAGGAACAAGAAGGCGAAGAGAAGCCAAAGAAGAAAAAGAAGAAAUUAAAAGAGGAAGAGGUGGUCAUCAUUAAAAAGAAGAUUGAUGAGGAGAGGAAGAUGCUGGCAGAGAGGAAAGACUUGGAGGAGGAGGAGCGGAACAAAGUGAAGAGUGACCUUGAUAGACAUGAGAAGGAAGUUAAGAAGGCAUUGAAGGAGCAGGAGGCCCUCAAGCAGCGUCUACAGGGACUGGAACGCAAGAUUUUGGUGGGUGGCGAGAACCUCUUGGAGAAGGCAGAGGAGCAGGAGCGACUUUUGGAGGAGUCUGCCAAGGAACUGGAGGAGAGACGGAAACACGAGGAGCAGCUGCGUCGUGCCAUCACACAGAAGGAGGCAGAGAGAAUUGACCUGGAGGAGAGAUACACCAGUCUGCAGGAGGAGGCGGCCGGCAAGACACGCAAGCUGAAGAAGGUUUGGACUCUAUUGAUGGCAGCCAAAUCGGAGCUUGGGGACAUGCAAGCAGAGCACCAGCGGGAGAUGGAGGCGCUGCUGGAGUCUGUAAGGCAUCUGUCCCGUGAACACAAACUCCACCAGCUCAUCAUUGACUCGUUCAUUCCCUUUGAGUAUCAGGAGAUGAUAGAGCGUUACGUCCACUGGAAUGAAGACAUCGGGGAGUGGCAGCUGAAGUGUGUGGCGUACACCGGGAACAACAUGAGGAAGCAGCUGGAUGCAGGAGACAAUGAGAAAGAGAAUUUGAAUCAAGAGAGUGAGAUGUGGCAGGUGUACAAGACAUACAGCCCUGAGGUGUACACACGGCCACCCGCUGCCAUUCCAGUGCCCAAACCUCGCAGGAAGAAGUCUGGCAUCCCUCGGCCCAAGCACAGCAGGUCAGCCAAGAAGGGAGACAAAAUAUAAACUCGUCCUCCUGCCAUCCACGGCAGCGGCUCGGGAGGGGAAGGUAAGGCUCGUGGUUCUGGUGAAUCUGUCAUAGUGAAGGUGAAGGUGCCAAGGCCUCUAUCUGCAGGUGUACAAAGCAGGGCAGGGACCAGCAGGGACCUCUGAAGUGACAGCUUUAUUUGCUUGUGUCUUUAGGCCAUGAUGUGAUGGGGAAUCAUCAUUAUAUUGUAUUUAUUAUCAUUAGUUUUAUAUAUUGUAUAUAAUUUUGAGUUCCUUUCUGAUACACGAUACACACAAACACACACACAUGCAUCUUCAUCUGUUACUUGGAAGGCUAAGAUCUGCUCCUUUUUCCCAGUUACAUUUAGUAUAAGUUAUCAUUGAAUCAUUGAUGAUUGAGCAGUUGCAGCCCUCCUUGAAUGAGAAGAUGCAAUGUGUGGUGAGUGAUCGCAGUAUUACCCAUAGAUCAAAGUGUGUACAUGAGCUCUAAGCUCUUACCUGAAGGGUAUGACUGUGAUCAGGAGCCUGCUGCAUGGUCUGAAAGAUCAUGGGGAAUUAAACACACACACACACACACACACACACACACACACACACACACACACACACACACACACACACACACACACACACACACACAGAAAUAAACAUAGUGAUACACUACAAUGGCAACUUUGAUGUAUGUUGAAAAGAAAAACUUUAUUGGCUAUAUUGGAGGAAGUUUUGUGCUUGCUGUUGUCAUCUUUGGUGUCUUUGUGGUGGAAGAGUCAAAACAGUCCUGACAUGCAUUCCUUGAGGAACCAAGCAUCUCACUGGCAUCCUGUAGCCUGUAGUUCAUUUAGAUCAAUUUCACUUGUCAGUUUUUUUCUAUUGUUAUUCUUUUGAUAGUAUCUUUUACAGAAAACAUUUGUAUGUAAAGCAUUUCAAGACUUUCCUCUCAGCUAACCCAUUAGCAAAACUAUGGGUAUAUACAUAUUAAGUGUUGAAACACAAGAAAAGAUGCAGUUUUCAUCCUGGUGGGUACCACAAGCUUUGAGGCAGAGAUGAGGUGUGGUGCUUGUUGUGGAGUCUCACAGUAAUGUUCAAGACCUCCAUAUACCUGCUAGAGAGUUAGAACUAAAACAAAGGCAGCGUUCCACAGUUCCCUGCAUCUUGUCACGUCCAGGUGUGCCUCAAGAGCUGUGGUGUAGCAAGGGUGACAGGCUGAUGUGUAGCCAGUGUCACAAAUUAGUGCUUAGAGUUGAGUGGUGCAAUGGAAGACUUUCAAUCUAUUGUGUAUGGCAAUUAGUUACAUUAAGGUGAGGUGACGGUAGUUACUUUAGAAGUGACAUUCACUUGCUUAACAUUCUUAUGAACUUUUAUACCAUGUAUAUAAAAUUCCCAAGUUUUAUUAAGAUGCAAUCAUUAUUUUGAGGGAAAAAAGGAAAGCAAAGAUGUACCAGUAUUUAUCAUAUUAUCAGGUUGGUUUCUUUUAUCUGGUUCCGUACUAAUUUAUAGGAUAUGACUCGCUUACAGGUGAGGGUAUCAGAGGAUGCCUCCCUUCUCACCAUCCCCAGGUUUUAGAAGCCUGCUCCUUCAUGUUAUUAGCUGUGUAUCUUUCACUUGUGAUGUAUUACUUUUCUUCCUUGAUGGUGGAAUUGUUUUUUUUUUGACACUAAAAUGCUCAAUCCAGCAGGUGUGUUGAGAGACUCCUGAUGCAAAGUGAAGUAGUUAAGUAAUAAAAAUUGUGGUCCAGAGUUGUCACAGUAGCUGAAAAUCUCUCUUUUUGUGUGUACUGUGGUGGUGAGGAGGCAGCUCGUGAGGGGGUAGGUGUGGUAGGAAGGGUGGUGUGGCUUUGUAUCAAUGCAUGUAGGUAGCAGGCUAUGUCGUCAUCUCUCUUCUUCCUUGUCCCCUUAUUUAUAAUGUCCAUUCUUUUUUUCUGUGGCUUCUUCAGCUUUGAUAAAUGUUGACUGUUAAUCUUCUCAGGAACUGGAGAAAUUUUGGAUAAAAUAGAGUAAAUUUUGAUAUGGAAAAUAUAAGAUAGCAAGAUAGUAUUCUUGCAAAAAACUAAAAUUAUUUCAAAGGUAACAAAACUGUUACUAUUCACCCAAUGUUGAGGUCUGACUCAAAAUUUUUUAUUUCACUUUACCGUUGCCUCCCUUAAUGAUAUUUGAAGUGAUGGAGUGAUGAGUUUUCAAGAUUUUAAAUAAAGUAUUGAGUUUAAUGCUCAAGACAUUCAGAAUCUAGUCAUUCAUGUAGUCAGGUCCAGCAGCUGUAAUCUCAGAUACUUAUGUUACAUUUAGUUGAAUUAUGUUAAUUCACUGUUGUUUAUUGUUCUUUCAGGGACAUUUUGUAAUAUUUCUGAGCUACUCAAACUAGUGUGAUUUGCCACAAUAAAAAUAUUCUUUGUAACAUGCUUC